AUGAUGAAGGCAAGGCGGAGUUUUAGUUAUGGCGGGUCGCGUCAGAAGCUGGGAAGCGGCCACAGCUGCCAAUUCAGCAGCCGAUCGAGCAUCAUCCAGGCACACAAGGCUUUUCCCCGAGUUUCAUCCCUUUCAACCCUCGUCGACUCGCCCGGCGAGUUUUACGCCGUCGAUCGCGCUACAUCCCACAGCCUGAAUCCUCAAUCUGCCGCACCGCCCUUUUUCUCCGGGAUCUCCGGCGGAAAUUCCGGAUCCGACGUGUUAUUUUCUCACCCUAGCUUAGAUCGCGGCAGCAGCACCAGCUCCGCCGCGACUCCCGCUUCCCCCUCCUUCUUCUCCCCCGCGGACGCAAAGCGGCGCGUCUCCGCGCAGUUUGGCCCGCGCAUGUGGGAGGAAGGCGGGGGCUAUUCCGCGCUGGAUGCGUCCCCGGAGCGGAACUGGAUGGGGGAAGCAGCAGCAGCGCGCGCGGGUUUCGCCUCUGGCCGACGAAUGUCCACCUCGUCGUACUUCCAGACGCUUUUCCGCGUGGGCGAAAGUUGCGAGAGUGGCGAAAGUGGCGAAAGGGAGAACGAUUUCCUAGAAACGGGUUAUGGCGAGACCGACACUGCGGAAAGCUCUUGCCUGGCGCGCCGUUCCCCGCGGAUCUCCUCGUCGCGCCGCAGCCCGUCGUUCUUCUCCCCCUCGCGCGCGCAUCUUCCCCCCUUCGCCUCCGCCGCCUACCCUCCCGGCAUCCUCUUCCGCUUCUCCCGCAGCAGGCGCCUCUCCGAAUCCGCCGUCUGCGUUUCCGCCGUUUCUCCCUCCGCUUCCGCCUUCGCUUCCUCCGCCGCGAGCCGGCCCCCCGCCUCGUACACCCGCGUCACGCCAGUAGACCCAUGGCAAGCGGAAAGGCUGUCCCAUGAAGCACUUGCCGACAAAGGAUGCCUGCCAGAUAUGUCUGUGACGGGGAGACGAACACCUGUUUCUUCAGGUGCUCCUUCAGGUGUUUCUUUAGUUGCUGGUGCAGCAGCAGGUGAAACGCGGGGGAGCAGCAGGCUGGAGGUAUCGUUUGAGAACCUGUCGUUGGAUUCGGACGAAGCAGGCUCGUCAGAAUGCUCUGGUGCUGCUGUUGCGGCCAUUGGGCAAACACAGCCGACAUUAUUCCGAACCUCACAAGUGGAUUUCUCUUUAGAGGGAGAAGGUUUGUCAAAACGCUCUUUUGCUGCCGGUGAACAAGCAGUGGCAGUGCCGCGAGUUCCGCCCACUAGGAGGGAAGAAAGCUGCCGGACGGUUGGAGUGUCCUCCUACUGUUCUCAAACGUUUCUUCGGGAAGAGGAGGGCGUGGCCGGAUCAGUCGCCUCGGUUUUUCCUGGGGAGCACCAUGAAGCCGACAGCAAGAUCACUCCAGACGCUGCAGUUUUCCCCGAGGACACUGAGGGGGACAGCCAGCCCUACUGUGAGGCUGACAGCGAUAUGAAAUCUGACGUUCCGUUUCCGCCUCGGCAGCAGCUUUCAAGGAAGUUCUGUCGGCUGUUGGGAUGCUGGGUUGGUGCGAAGGGCACCAGAGGACGAGGAGUGUGCGCACGGGGAUGUGAAAGUGGGAGGGUUGGGGAAGGUGAUGGGGAAGGGGGUGGCGUGGGAAACGCAUGGGGGCAUGGUAGUGAGGGAGAUGCCAAGGAGUCUGCCACUGGAAGCAGAGGUAGGCUGAAGAAGUGGUGGGGGGGUGUGUAA